AUGAAUGGCGUCAGUUUUUCGGAAUUUGAAAGCUCCAGCUUUGACGCCUUGUACAGCAAUGGUUUUGCAAAUGCAAAGCACAUGGACGAGGUAGGGAAAGAGCUGAUGAAGUUGAAGCCAGGUGAGAUUCACAGAUCCGAAAUCGCCGGGCCUCGGCCCGUACCCAAAAUCGCCCAACUUGCGCCGAUGGAGGACAUGCGCGUGUUGCAGCCAGAAAGAGCAGAAGCCAGAUCCCAGGCCAAAAUGCACAAAAGCCAAAAUCUGUCUUCACAUGCCCUGCCGGCUGCUCAUCCGCAGCGGGUGCCACUAAAUGACAUGGGGGUCAUGCCUGGAAGCAGACGUGUGGACCCCUCUGGGCAUGCAUGGCGACCUUCGCAGGAAGCGCAUGAGCGCGCUCAGAAUGCCCCGGCUGCAGCCGCAUUAGAGGCUGCGCGUGUGGCGCCAACAAGUAAACAGGGCGCCUUUGUCGGCUGGAAAUCAAACUGA